AUGCCAGCACCACCUAGUCAAAGAGGCGAUGUCGAGCCCCCAGAGGAAAUCACUUGGAUAGCAGCCGAAGGCUUCAUGACCGGCGUGUUCCGCUUCGGUUCCGUCUCUAUCUUGGCACAUAUGAUUCUCGCCCUCCCACACCCCUUCAUCUUCUCCGCGCCAAGUCCUCCCGCACACCCCGCAACACAACCUCGUCCCCGACUCUCCAUCUUCUCCCGCGACUACCUUCGCUCCAGACUCUUCCACCGUCCGCUGGAGGGUUUCUCGAAUUGGAUCUCACCUGGUUCCCGUGUAUAUCGAGGCCUGACCCCACAAUUCAAGGUCUUCCUCCAGGUGGCGGCUAUGACUCUCGGUGGAUGUAUCUGGCAGGAGAAGCGCGUUACAGAAUACAUCAAUCUGCUCCGGAACCUGAAGCGAGCCGAGAGACUACAGUUUGAGAGGGAGGAGGGUAAUCGUCGAUAA